ACGACUUGCAACAGAUUUAGGCGGAAAGUGUUAUCCUUCAAAAAAAAAAAAAAACCUAACGCCACCUGAUAGCAUUCAGCCCCUUUUUUCUCUGACAUUAGGCCAUAUGAUCGCGCUGAUCAGUUCAGUGGAUGUUGACGCAGCUUUAUCAAGUAGGUGUUUGCACAGAUAGACGCGCGCAUAACGGGCUGCUUCUGCGUCUACCGUCUGUUCCCCUCCCUCUCUGACUCCCGGCAUCACUGGCAACCCGACAAUGCUGUCAUAAACCGGAGAAUAAAUUCCCGUUUAACGAUCCUGAAGGGGGCCGUCGUAUUUUCUGAAUGGUUAUUCUUGUAGGCUGCAUUAAUUUGUAAGGAGGCUACAGGCCUAUAAUGUGUUAUUGGAUGCGACCCCAUUCAGAGACAUAAUAUAACCUGCUUGUUAUAGGCGGUUGCUAUGUGUAUUUGCGCGGAUACGUGCGCGUUUUAUGCUGUGUGGCUGAGGUCGGUGUGAAUAACACAUUUCUUAUUCGCUCGGAGGUUUUUCGAGGUUUGACAAGGGCAUCAGUGAGCGGCACAGUGCGGCAGCGAUGUGCACGUCUGACGGCUAGAAGGAGCAAGUGGGAGGUAGCCUGUUUCUGCUACUGUAGUCGUUGAGUUUUCAGAGUUAUCGGCCAUAUCCUGGGUUCAAGCACUCUUUGCUUUAGCUCCUCACUUGGUUCACCGCCUGGCUUUAGGAUGCGACGUCAUGAGUUGAUCGCGCCUGACAGAUGUGGCUGUGUUGCAGUUGCACAGGCAUAGAUUCUUCGCUUGCUCUCGCUGUUUCGGGGAUGCUUCUGUAAAAACGGCUUGCGUGAUAAAUGUUAAGUCCUCGCUUUGUGCUCGGACUGAUCGCAACAUUCAUUUAGUCUUCGGGAUUGCAUAAAAUGAUACCUGGAUCUGCCGCAUCAAUGCUACCAUCUGCAGAAGCUGCGAAAUUGUACCAGACCAAUUACGUCCGCAACUCCCGUGUCAUUGGACUUUUAUGGGCCAUCUUCACUAUCCUGUUCGGUAUUGUUAACGUGACCAUCUUCUCACAGCCCUAUUGGAUUGGGGAUGGCGUGGAUACGCCGCAGGCCGGCUACUUCGGCCUUUUUCAUUAUUGCGUCGGAGACGGAAUCGCCAGAGAGCUGGCCUGCCAGGGCAGCUUCACUGAGUUCGCCGCUAUCCCCUCCAGUGCGUUCAAGGCCGCCUCCUUCUUCAUUGGAAUGUCCAUGAUGCUGGUUGUCACCUGCAUCGGCUGCUUCAGUCUCUUCUUCCUCCUCAGCACCUCCACCGUGUACAAGAUCUGUGGCUGGAUGCAAGCAGCAUCAGGUGUCUGUCUGGUGCUCGGUUGUAUGAUCUAUCCUGAUGGUUGGGACAGUGACGAGGUCCGACGUAUGUGCGGAGAGCAGACAGACAAAUACAGCCUGGGGGCCUGCUCAGUGCGUUGGGCCUACAUCUUGGCUAUUAUGGGCAUCCUGGACGCUCUCAUCCUCUCCUUCCUGGCCUUCGUCCUGGGGAACCGGCAGGACGGACUCAUGACAGAAGAGUUGCUGGCUGAGAGCAAGGAGGGAGGCAACGCCUAACCAAAUCUUUAGUUCCUAAAUUGCCAUGUGUCUGUCUUCAUGAAGUACUAGUCCCUCAACUCAAAGGAGGGAAUCCACCCAGGUCUGUGAAGUAGAGGAAUACUAUGGAACCAGCCAGCCUGCCUUUCACAUCUACCUGCCAAAAACCCAGUGUGACCUACCCUUGAAGUCCACCCAUCUUGCUUGCAUCCCUAAACCAUCAUCCCCAGCACUUAGAUGGAGCCCAAUGCACUUUUAUCCCAAUGUGUCUACAGAGCUAACCAACAUUGCAUAGACCAUGACAGGGGCAGAGACUGUUAUCCUAUUGAGAAGUAUAUGGACUACCCACUACCUACCUGAGAAGGCACAAGGUUGACAUUGUACACCUGCAGUACGAGCAGUCAGACAGACACAAACACACACAUGCAAACGCCACCUCACUCACAAACACAACUCUGUAACACAUGCACAUGCAGUACAUUCAAACAAAACAUCAACAAACUCUGUAAUUACAAGUAUUAAACUAUGUUAACAUUUAGCUGUGUGUACCACCGUCAGGAUGUGUGUCAUGUUUUAUUUGUGAAAAGAAGAAACUGCUAAUUUUCAGAUAAUAUCGGUUUGAUGUAAAUCUAUUGUGUUUCAUAUGUAAGGUUUGACAAUGAAAUGAAAGUUUUAGUUUCUUCUUUUGCUCAUAUGCCCCUUUGUUCCUCUUCAUUUACUAGAAAAAGAUAUUUAAGACUAUUUUAUAAUAUUAUCAUCCAAAAGAGAAAAAACUUGUAUUACAAAGUAUGUACAGUGAAUAUUAAAGAUGUUCUAGGAAUUUUACCUAAAUCCAUUCAAUGCCCUGCUAGCUAACUUUGCACAGUGCUUCAGUUUGAGAAGAAAUCUAAUAUUUUAUAGUCUGUGGUAUCUACACUGUGAUGGGGGCUAUUAGGACUGUGUGCUGCAGGACUCGCAGCUGCUGUGUGAGUGUGCUUCUGUAUGUGUGUAGGGAAGUCUGUGGGUGUGUGCGAGUGAGUAUGAGUGCAUGCACAUACAUAAGUGUUAGUGUGAAUGUGUUGCAUUUGUUGGGCUAGAAAACCAAUAUGCCAGCCACACACACAAUUGUCCUGUAGUGUAGCUAAGUCUGUCUGUCUCUAUCUCCAGCUCUCUCCUUCUGUUUCUCUCUCUUUGACUCCCUUUCUCGCUUUGUUUUGUUGGGACAUACAGGGUAACAUGAUGGCAUCGUAAUAUUAUUUAUAGUGACUGGUGUGCCUGGGGAGAGAACUCUAGUGGUAAUGGAUCAGCCUGUCCCAGCCUCACCUGUGGAUAUGUUCUUGUGUAAAUAGAUAUUCUAUAAAUACCAAACAAUUAGCAAAUAUGGAGAGGGAGGUUAACUUAGAGCAAUUAAAUAGAUUCCUUUAAGAAUAUAUGAACACUUAAUAAAGAUUUUCACUGUAAAA